AUGGGACUGGCCAAAAAAAUGGAAUGGCUUAAGUGGAUACGAAAAUAUUCUACAGGUAUCCUGGACACGAAAACUGGUAGCAUGGAAACGUUAAUUGAUUCGGCCAGUUCGAAGACCAUCAAUUACGCUUAUACCUCCUCGGUAAUUGCUGACGAUGAAUUCAUUAACGCCGCCGCACCCCCACACCAGCGUCCGAUGUUGCCGCCGCCACCACCUACUUCACAAGUUUCGCCGUCGCCGCCACAGCUACCUAACGACGUAUACGAUUGCUGCGUAUCGCUGGACGGAAUACCCAUCAAACACGAGUUUCAGUACACCUUCUCCGACACCGACGGUCAUGGAAAAAUCACCAAACACGAUGUCGAAGGACUGGCUACGAAAAUACUCGAGUCCAUGUACGGUACGACGUUGAAAUUCUCGGCGCGGGGCCAGCGAACUGUCAAAGUGACGCUCAACAUCAGACAAUCGGUGGCGGUGGUCGUGGACAGCACGACGACGGGUACGCCGUACCGUGGCCACCAGAGCAGCCGCGAGCGCAAGACCAAGUCGGACAGACAUCGUGGCAGGACAGACACCACCGAAUACGGGGCUGUCGACGAUGCGACUCUGUUGGAGCAGUCGGGCUAUCCUUCAGUUUACGAUGGUGUUAAGGGGUCCUGGUUGCCGCACCACAAAAGUGCCAAGCUGGGCGCACAGCGGUAUAGGCGCGAACAACUGAUCGAAAUGGUGCAGAGGAGUCUGGCGGAAAACUUGAGUUUUCAAAAUCAAAGGAAAUCCGAAAAGCCGGCGGAGGUCGUUUAUCACAGACCACGGACGAAGCGUCGCCAGACCGGAGCCCUGCCGGCCAAGGUAGCGUGGAGCCCGUACGACUUCGAACCGGUGGCGCACGUGCCUUCGCACCACCACCAUUUCCAGCAACAGCUCCAGCAGCAGCACCGACAGCACGAACACCUCAAAAACGUCAGAAGCCAGCAGCACCAGUUGUACAGUAAUGAUGUAACGGCCGAGGAGCACCACGGGGUCAAGUAUUCGUCGGGUCACUCCCGCCAACACCACCGGACCACCGCGGUAGUCAGCGGUAGCAAACUGCAACAGUCGAAGGACGCGGCAGCGGCCAAAACCACCACCGCGUCCGCCGCCGCAGCCGCUCAAGAGCAAACCAAAAACAUCGAUCAUCAGCGGUACAAACGCGCCAAAUUGGCGUCCAAGAAGAUCCAUCAUCACAUACACGAACACCAUCAUUAUCAUCACUACGACUAUUACAUAGUUUGA